AUGACUGUUAGGUAUAGGGAAGUGCCGCUGUUACAACAGUGCCUUGUAAGGAACAAAAGGAAAUCCAUUACCGUUUCCUCUGGCGGCUACCAUGCCAUGCUGGUGGAUUCUAAAACGUCUGAUAUUUCUGGAAUGUUUGAAUUUGAUAACACUUUCAAAAAUGCUCCAUUCAAGAAUCGUUUUUUAUAUUGGCGCACCUGCAGAGAAACCAUUUAUCUUACAGAAACGUGUGUUGAUAGAAAUGAUGUAUGUCAUGAAUUAAAAAUUACAUUUGAAGGAUGUCCUAUUAUGGCAGUAGAAUGCUUUAAACCCAUAAAUUGCUUGGGUUUAAUGAUAAUUGUCACCACUACCAGCAUUCAUUGGAUUCCAUUAUCAAUGCCUGUGAAAAUAGAUCAACAAUCCAAUGGAGAACAGGAUUCCAUUCUAUACAAAUUAAAUGAACACAUGCUAGCAGAUCCGUCGCAUUGUUACACUUUUAUUACCGACAUAGGCCAAGUACUUCCAGUGGCAGCAACGAUUAUACAUUAUCCAGCACAGUAUUCUAGCAAAAUUGCUGUAGCGUGUGCUAGUUCUUUACAUUUGUUUUCAAUGCGAAUGGAAGGAGAUAAGAUGAAUGUAAAUGUGCUGGAACUCGAUCACAAUCCUUUGACGCUUUCAAAACUAAUUCACACAAUAGCUGACUCAUGGCGACGGAAAACUCAUGUUAGCCAGGUAGUAGCAAUGUCGUUUGGAAUAUCCUCAGCAGAAGAUGAAUCAUAUCUCUAUACGCUACAUCGGGACGGGACGUUGCGCGUAUGGCUAUCGUCUAGCGGUCGGUUUUUAGCGGCAGAACAUUUAUCCAAAUACACCCAAGGCAGUGAAACGGAAUUUCACACUUGCAUAUUGCGAUGUUCCCAAACAUUCAUUGCCCUUUAUUUUUCUUUUCAAACAUUUUCUGAAUUUAUCAUAUUAUACCCUAAGUCAUGCACUGAUUCUGGAAAUACGGGAGUAGUAUCUGUUACAUUGCAAAAUGUGUCCACCAUUAUGGCGCCGAAUUAUGAUCUUAUUGAUUUUAAGCUUUGCGAUGAGUCCUUGUGGUCUCUGUGGUGCAAUGCCGAGAGCGAGACACAGACUCUUGUGUACGAGCUUGCUCCAAAAGACAACUCAGUACCCCAAAGAAAUGCAUGGUCUCCGGUGAUAUUGGAAAACACAAACGAUAAAGUCAAUUUGACAUUGGAAUCUUGCACAGACUUUAGAGAAGUGUAUAGUAAUCAUAUUUUUAAUUCUGGUUUGUUUCCGGAUAAAGUAAUUAAAAAAACGCUAACGAUGUUCAAUCGAAACCUGGCUAGUGUAGCUGGGAAUUCUGCCACCGGCAAUAUGGUACGACUAAAAAGAUACGUACUCACCUGUAUAGAAAACCAAAUGCAUCAGCAAAGUGCAGCCAUACGGGGCAAAGACCUGUUAGAGGAUGAGCAUUUGCUUGAAAUAUCGAAUGAAUUGUGGGAAAAGUUUUAUCUCUACUGUGUCCAGUAUCGCUAUGAGCUGUCGAAACCCGUUGGAUUAUUUCUUGUUGAAAGACAGUGCAAUGAAAAAAGCUAUUUUACUGUAGGAAUUGUGCGCAAGAAGUAUAUAAGUUUUUUUCGAACAUGUGAUCACUUGGAAGCCUGUUUUUUCGCCCAUAUGUGUCACGAUUAUGAUGCCAACAGCCACUAUUGUGCAUCAGACAAUGAUUUAUUUGCAGAAAAUUACGAACUGAUGCUUCUGGUUAUAUUUUUGGGUGAAUUAGAAAAGAACCUCUCUUUCGAACAAAAGCAUGAUAUCGAUGCUUACAUUCGUCAACGAUGCGAAAAUGAUAAGAAGGAACACACUUCACUUUUCAUAGAGGCAAUUCAAAAUCAAUUCUUUCACCAACACAAACUAGUCGCAUUUUUGCAACGUAUUACUAAUUUACCGCAUUGCAUAGAAAUCCUUCUGCAGUGUUUAAAACCUGUCAAUAGAGAAGAAUAUUUAAAACUAUGGCAGGAAGAAACACAAAUGUUUAGUGUUUUUAGUGGCAAUGAAUUGGCCAGUGAAAUAGCGUUAACAGCAGCGAAGCAAUCAAUAAAUGUUCGCUAUUUGUUGCUUCGAAAUUUACUAUUACUCCAGCUGGUCGUUCAACGGCACUGCAACCUUCAUUAUGAUGUUAUCAAUGCCAUACAAUCGAGUCUUGGACCAGAUACAGAAAAUAUGCUACGAUGCUAUUACACAAUUAAUUGGAUAGCCUGUACACGCCUGGAUAUCGAUUGGACCAAAACAAACAGAAUUUCGGCAUCCUUUCCAUUGCAUUUGCGAACUUCCAUGAGUUUGUUGCAGGCGUUCGCUACUUCACGCAUGAAUGAAGAAAUUUCAAGUUUGAUUAAGUCUUUGCCAAAUGUGUCACAGACCUGCUAUAGUGCAAUGACCUUAUCGUUGGCACAAAAAACAAACCUGAUUAUAUCAUAUAUAUGUCCAUCAAGUGACGAUUUCUUGUUUGGAGAGUGGCUUUCGAAUAACGAUUUACAUUUGCAUAUUGACGCAUAUGUGCGGUUGUUGAGCAAUUGGUGCGAAUGGAACAGCUGUUCAAGAAAUUUCAUCAGAGCUAAAUCGUAUCUCGCACUCGGAGACACAUUUAAAGCACUCGAUCUUUUCCCAUUAUCAUUGAAAGGCAUUCAAACGGAACGCGUUUUGCAAAAAUUCUUGCGUCACUCUGAAAAAGAUCGAACGUACAUAUCGCCCUAUGCAACAAUUACUACUUUUUAUUUAAGACUUAUUCGACUAUUUGACGUAUAUGGCGCACAGGAUGGUGUAAUGAAACUGGUUCACUCAGGAAUCGAUAGUACAAUUCAACCGAAGCAGGAGGCAAUGUUUCAAAGUAUCGAAUUUAGCUGUCACAUGGAGCUUGGCCAUUACGAAGAGGCUUAUAAUACGCUCAUUAAGAACUGUGAACCAGCUCGGAAAAAGGACUGUUUAAGGCAAUUAAUUUACGUGUUAUUUUCAGUACGUCGUUUGGAUAUAUUACUUGAUUUGCCGUACUAUGGGCUUGAAGAAGAAUUUGCUAAUAUUGUAACGAUGAAUGCACGUGUCUCAGAUAUUGUCGACUGUAUGCAAUACGACUUUUUGUAUGCGUUUUAUGUCAACAAAAUGAAUCUUAAAAAGGCUGCUAUAAAUUCUUACGAACACGGAAUGCGUAACUUUUUGGAAUGCAGCAGUUUUACUCAUCUCAACAAGUACUAUGGUUGUCUCAUGAACUGCCUAAAUGCCCUCGCAAUUAUUAAAAAAUCGCACGCGUGGAUCAUACGCCCCAUCAAGGAGGUUGUUGAACAAUCAAUCAAUAAUGCUGGCGAAAAUAAGAUUGAAAUAAUAGAUAUUAAACAGAUUGAAGAACAACUAAUCACAACACACUGCGCCCUCCAAUUAUCAAUGAAUAGUGAUGGGUUCAAGCUGGUUACAUCACUUGAACCAAUGAAUCUAAUUUCAUUAUUGUUAAAACGUAAAUUAUAUCAUCUUGCUCUCAAACUAGCUCACAGUCGAAUGAAAUCGAUGGUGCCUGCAAUCUAUGAACAUUUAGUUAGCUCCUGUAUCACAGUAUCUGUCAAUGCUGCUCCUGCUACAAAUAAUCAAGCACCUGUCGGCGUACUCAAUGGCUUAAGUUGGCUGAAUGAUAGCUGUGUAUCAGAAGUAGCGACUAUAUCUAAUAACUCAUCAACAGCUUGGAAUUUCUUGCGUCACAUGAUGGAUCUAGAACAGGGAGAACUUGCUAAGGAUGUACAUUUAGCUGUUUUGAAUCGUUUGUUGUCACGGAACGCACAUAUUCCAACCUGGUUGAAACAUUGGUGUUCCGAGCACGUUCCUAUUCAAAUGAUCCGCACUUAUCUAUGCCAUGGCCGGUUAGAAGAAGCAUAUGAACAUAUUGUAGAAUUGUUUAGAAAUCGUUUCUUUAGCGCUGGGCGAUUCAAGCAUAACACACUUUUUCCCUUGUCAGUUUGCGAGUAUUUGCUAUAUGAAUUAAACCAACUAUCACAAUAUUCUCAGGAAAAAGACCAUAUUGAACAGUAUCUGCGAAUAAUUGAAAUAGCAUCAUAAAAAUGUUAUUUGCAUUCGAAUGAGAUGAAAACAUAUAUUUUUGGGCUUUGAAAUAAUGUAAUGAGAUAAUAAUGUUAUUUUAAAAUAAUAAAUAUAAAAACAACAUAAAACAUGAAU